AAACAAAGAUUUGGGAAUCAUCACAAUGCUCUCUAAACCACUCUGCCUCCUUUUUUUCUUCCUCUGUCUUAAAACUGCCUUCUCAUCCUCUAUACAUGCUUCUUCCUUCUCAACAACACAUCUCUGCUCUCAUGAAGAGGCUCUUGCUUUGCUGCAAUUCAAGACAUCCUUUUCCAUCAAUUACACUAUUCCUUAUCCAUAUGAUCCAGAUUAUUGUGUGGAUAAUUUUUAUACUAAACCUAAUUAUUCUAAGAUUGAGUCAUGGAAGGAAGGUAUAGACUGUUGUUCCUGGGAUGGGGUCAGCUGUGAUAAUGUCACAGGUCAUGUAAUUGCCCUUAAUCUCAGCUGCAGUUUCCUUGAUGGCACCUUUCCUUCCAACAGCACUCUUUUCUUCCUCAGAAACCUACAGAGCCUCAAUCUUGCCUUGAAUGAUUUUAGGCUUUCCAAGAUUCCACCAGAAAUCAGUCAAUUUACUAGACUAAAGCAUCUUGAUAUCUCUUAUUCUCGAUUUUCGAGUCAUGUUCCUGGAGAAAUUGCUCACCUCCCCAAGUUAGUUUCUCUCAAUCUCUCUGGUUACCUUUAUGAUGAUCCUCCUGAAUUGAUCCUUGAAACAACUACCUUUAGAAAUCUUGUUCACAACUUGAGUGAGGUGAGAGAACUUGUGCUUGAAGGAGUGAACAUGACAUCUGUUAAUCCUCGUUUCUUCAUGAAUCUCUCUUCUUCUUUGACUACUCUUAAUCUUUGGGGUUGGGGUUGGGAGACUGGGUUAAGAGGAAACUUUCCAAACAGUAUUUUCCGCUUUCCAAAUCUCAAGUUUUUUUAUUUAGGUGGAGAGGGAAACCUCACCAUUGAUCUUCCAAGUUCCAACUGGAGCAGUCCUCUCCAAGAAUUGUAUUUAAAUGUCAUGGAUUGCGGAAGGCGAUUGCUAGAGUCUAUAGGAGAUCUAAAGUCAUUACAAUCUCUAAGUCUUGGCCGCAACUUGGAAGUCUCUGAGAUUUUGCUGAAGCGGGGAGUCUUUAUUGGGGCAAUGCUUUGUUGUCUUUUGGUUUUCGCGUGUAAGAGAGUGCUUGUGGUGGAGGAAGUGUUGAAUGCAGGGUAUGGAGUGAUUGAGCAGUGGGCAUUGUUGUUGAGGAAUGCGUGGCCUAAGGUUUCUAUGGUUCUUAAGAUUUUCAAAGAGCAAGGUGUGAUUUUGACUGCACUUUUACGUCUAUCUGCAUUCUUCUUAUGGCAGAGACUUCUUCUCAUGGCAGAGACUUCUAUAAUUCUUGAUAGUAAAGUUCAUGCAGCAGUAUUACUGUUGUCUUGUUUGGUUUGGAGGAUGAUGCUGGUUCAUGAGCUGGCUGAAAAAGAGUCUGAAGAUGGUGUAUUUCAAAUGCUUCACAGUGAUGUAACUUGGUUUUUGACCACCAUUCUUAUUGGCACUAAGCUGGUCAAUAUUGGAGCAAUUGCUUUAGUGACAGAUGCAGCAACAGCUAUAUUUGGAGAAGCUGGUGUUAGUGCAGCAACAGCUAUAUUUGACUAUGAAUUAAAGCUGAUGCUACGUGGGGCAGAGUUGAGUGGAGCAAUAAAGAAGGAAGAGCAGGAUAUGAUUGAAAAUGUAUUAGAGAUAAAGGAUACUCAUGUUAGAGAGGUCAUGACACCCCUUGUCGAUGUGGUUGCAAUUGAUGCAAGUGCAACUCUUGUUGAUUUCCACCAUCGGCGGGUGACUCACCAAUAUUCAAGGGUACCUAGUUUUGAGCAGCAUGUUGACAAUAUAGUUGGCAUUGUAUAUACAAUGGAUCUACUUGAUUUUGUUCAGAAGGGUGAGCAACCUGAAGGUUCUAGUGUGGGAGACAUAGCUCACAAACCUGCCUACUUUGUGCCUGAAGCUUUGGCACAUAACAUUGGUAUCAGGUUCAACAUGAUAGUAACCUUAGAAGAUGUGGUUGAGGAGAUUGUUGGAGAAAUCUUUGAUGAAAAUGAUUCGAAGGAGGAGAUUCAGAAGAAAACUGGCUAUAUUGCAAUGAGAGCAGAGGGAGUAUAUGAUGUUGAUGCCAACACAUCUAUUUAGUAUUUAUUUGCUAUCUGAGGACUUGAACAUCAAAAUGCCAGAGGUAUGUUAUUCCACCCUCUUCCUAGUUUUCAUUGUUAUGAUGUAUAGAGCACCGAAUGGAGUAUUUGAACUUUAAAGCUAAAAAAUCAAUUAUUAGGAUUAUUUCUGUAUUGUACACUUCUCCUGCCAUUUCCACAGCCUCAUUAAAAUUUCAUUCUCUGC